GACACAAGGUGCAUUACUUCCUGCAGUUUUAAGACAGCAAAUGCACUUCAGAGCGCAGUAAGCUCUAAAUUUUCCAGUGGUGAUGAAAACAACAGGCGGAUCUAAACCCGCCGCGUUUUAAUGUAGCCUACUACUUUUGAAAUCGUGUGAAAAUCAAGAUAAUCUUUUCCAGUAUUUUCUUGGACCACUUCGGAUACCCCUAAAUCAUCUGCCAGUUCAGUUCAAUUAGAAGCUGGAGCAAUGAUGAAUAAUUCUACUGCAGAGUGCAAUCCCAGAGCCGACUUCCAGAUUUACCUCUUCCCAGCAGUCUACUCCCUGGUGUUUGUGUUAGGGCUUCUGGGAAAUGUGGGCGCCCUCUAUGUGUUCAUCUUCAAAAUCACCCCACGAUCCUCCUCAAACGUCUACGUCAUCAACCUGGCAUUGGCAGACACAAUCUUCCUUUGUACACUGCCCUUCCGCAUCCACUACCACCUGAAGGGGAAUGACUGGGUCUUUGGCUCUCAGGCUUGCCUGGUCAUCGGCACUCUUUUCUUCACCAACAUCUACAUCAGCAUCGCCUUCCUGACCUGCAUUUGCAUCGACCGCUACAUCGCCACCGUCCACCCGCACACCUACCUGCGGCUACGCGCCACCAGAUGCACGCUGUGGGUGAGCCUGGCCGUGUGGAUGGUCACUGGGGCGGCCAUGCUGGCCUUCGUCGUAGACGGGCCGCUGGACAGCAUGACCCCCGAGGCUGGCGGGUCCCGCAGCAGCUGCUAUGAGAACUUCUCCCAGCGCGAGUGGGCCAAGCGCAUGACGGCCUACAACGUGUGCGGCCUGGUGUUCGGCUCCAUCGUGCCCCUCGUCGUCAUCAUGAUCUGCUACCCGCUGGUAGCGCGCCGGCUCGCCCGCAUCCGGACUAGCACCAGCAGGCGGGCGCUGCGCAUCAUCUAUGCCAUACUGGCCAUCACCGCCGUCUGCUUCUUGCCCUACGCCGUAGUCCACCUCCUGCACUUGCUCAUGCGCCACCAGAUCAUUCAGAGCUGCGUCUACGCCAACGCCAUCUACAAGGCGCGGAGGCUGACCAUGGCCCUGGUUAGCCUCAACAGCUGCCUGGACCCAGUGCUUUACUACUUCACCACCAGUCACUGCAAGUGGAGCUUUUUCAAGAGGCUACGGCUAAGGAGGACCCGGGACGUGUACACCAUCACCAAAGGGAACUAACCAACCCGGUGGCCACUUAAGCACCAUGCUGGUUCAUUCAAAGUACAAAGAAGGGCAACUAAAUUGGUUCCUGGAAUGAAAGGAAAUGGCUGUGUGGACAGACUUAAGAUAUGUAAUGCAUUCAGGCUCCACAAAAAUAUGCCUGCAAGGUUUUUAAUUCACAAAUGGACUGAAUAAAUUGGACUAAAAAAGAUUUUUACAUUACAAAACAAGUUCAUAAGAGUUCUGUUGUAGAAAAAAGGGGCUUAGGUGGCAAGAGGCUAAAGAUGAAUUCCACACUGAUAUUAGGAAGUAUGUUUUCAUACAGUUGUCUGGAACAGUUUGCCCAUUCAUGUGGGUUUGAUGUCGUGAGUGAUAGUCUAUUCUGUGGGUAAAUAAGUGGUUAAAUGACCUGCUUUUGUCAUAUGCAUUGUAAUGUUCUUACAGCAGUGCUGCAGGGAAUGGUUCAUUGACUGUGGGUCUGGCUAAGCCUGCUGGUUUGUGAUUACCAUGUUAAUGUUAAACUUGUAUCGAUAUAAUCAGUAUUUCCAGGGGUUUGGCUUUCUGGUGCCCUCAUGGGACUGGUUUGAUGGAUUCGUAUAUCAGAACCUGAUGCUGUGUUAGAAUUUUCUAGCCAAAAAGGAAAUGGCUCUUCCAGGAGAAUGAGUUGAUUAGCUCAAGCUUUGUUUUCGUUUAUGUGAUUGAAAGGCGAGUCAUGUGGUAGGUGUAUACAUCUAAAUAUGCAUUUGUGUCAUCACACCAGAAUGUUAGCCUACUUUGGGAAUGAAGAGAUAGGCCUAAGAAUGUGUGCUGUGCACUGUGUAAUUUUGAUGUAAAUAAGAGAUAACUGAUGUCGGGGGCAGAACUAGCCUCUCAUACUGUGCGAUGAGAAAUAGUCACACUUAGAAUCCUUUUUUUUUAAUGCAAACAAUCCACAAUGUUACUUGUUAACAUUCAUUAAACAAUAUUUUU